AUAUCCAUACUUUAAUUCCAUAACAAAAAACAAAAUGUAAAGCUUUGGGCUCAAGUCAUCAUCUGACCUUAGCCACCUCUAUCCCCUGCCCAAAAUUUAUUACCAAAAUAAAAUUAUUUUUCUUGUUAAUUUCAAGAAAAACCAAACACAAACCAUCUCUCUCUGAUCAUAGACACCAACCUCUUCAAAACCCUAAUCUUAUAAUCCUAUAAUCUUUUCUUAGUAUUAAUUCUCCUACCUUUUCAACUAAAUGGGUCUGUGUCAUAGCCUAUACAUACACAACAUAUAGUUACAUACACAUAUAUUAUUGCAAUUUGUAAAGAGAGAAUCCAUUUAGUUUACCUAAUCAGAAUAAAGCUUUCAUUUUUAUCAAGAAAUGGCAUAAAGAUUGCACCUUUAUAAUAAAGUUUCAAUCUUUUUAGUUUUUGUGUGUUGAAAUUUUGUGGGGUUUGAUUCUUGGGGAUUUUUGUCGAGAAAUUUGAGUAAAGAUGACUGGUGAGGGUGUUGUGGCAGAAGCUGCUGGAGAUGUUAAUUCAUCAGCUGUAAAAAGUGUUGAAAGUGGUGAGAAUUGUGUGAAUGUGGUGCCUGUUAGUGAUGAUGGGAAGAAAUCGGAUUCGAAUUCAAAAUCAGAGUACGGAAUGCAGGAUUUAGUUGAUAUGUUGUCCAAGCUGAAUCCGAUGGCUAAAGAAUUCGUUCCUUCUAGGUAUUCGAUUGAUCGGAAUCGAGAUCAGUAUGGUGUUACUUUUUUUGUCCCAGCUCAGAAGAAUUUGGGAAAUGGGAAUGAUGGUCAGUCAAAUAACAGAAGGAGAAGAAAUACCUUCAAUCAGGGCAGGAAGCGAAUGAGUGGGAGAGCUUUCAGGGCUCAGAGAGAAGAUAGUAUUCGACGUACAGUUUAUGUAUCUGAAAUUGAUCACAAUGUGACCGAAGAGCGGCUUGCUGCUUUAUUCAGUAGCUAUGGACAAGUUGUUGAUUGUCGAAUCUGUGGUGAUCCGCAUUCACGUCUUCGCUUUGCAUUUGUAGAGUUUGGUGAUGAGUAUUCUGCUAGAGCAGCGCUUAACCUUGAUGGAACGCUUUUAGGCUUUUCCCCAGUUAAAGUCUUACCCUCGAAAACUGCCAUCCUUCCCGUUAAUCCUACUUUUCUUCCCAAGUCGGAGGAUGAGCGGGAAAUGUGUGCAAGGACAGUCUACUGUACAAAUAUUGACAAGAAGGUUUCACAAGCUGAUGUUAAGAUUUUUUUUGAAUCAAGAUGUGGCGAGGUCUCACGCCUUAGACUUUUGGGGGAUCAAGUGCACUCAACUCGUAUCGCUUUUGUUGAAUUUGUGAUGGCUGAGAGCGCUAUUUUGGCACUGAAUUGUUGUGGGCAGGUACUGGGCUCUCAACCUGUCAGGGUGAGUCCCUCUAAGACCCCAGUGCGCCCACGUGCUCCUCAUCCUGGCAUGCAGUAUUAACUAGUUUCUAAGGGCAAGGGAUCCAUGGACGAAAUGUAGCACGAAUUUGAAGGAGAGAGAAAAGGGAGACAUUGCUGUGAUGACAGAUGGUGAAACUUUCUGUUUCAGUUAUUUGCAUACUUACUGUAAGAAUGGUAACUCUUUUUACAGCAGAACAUCUUGUGUGUAAACCCUGCUUCAAUUCGAAGAUUUUAAGGGGACCAUCCCGAUGUUGAGAUUUUUUGUUUUCCUCUUACUAGUCGUGCGCUCUUGCAAAGUGGAUUUGCUCGUACAAGUAAUAGUUUUCAGUAACUAAAUUGUCAUAUGCUUGUUAGCAAGUUGGACACAUGCUUAUGCAGAGUUGAUAUAUAUGAUCGCUUGAUUUUCUUUUA